AUGGUUAGUUGGUGCAAACAAGUCAAACUAAACACCGAACAAACUUGGAAACUUCCAACGUCCAGCGUUUUGUUCUUCUUACGCUUGCUUACGAGCAAAUAUCUGGAUCCAAAAGCCCGGUCAAGCCCCGUUAAGAAAGGGUGUGGAACGGAGAAAAUGGGGAUUGACUCGCAGCAAUCGAGUUUCACGGACGACGCGCCACCUUCGGAUAGCGAUUCAUACUUCUCGAACCCAGAAUAUUUAGAGGAUGGCCGGCCUUCUCAGUUUGCCAGAUACCCUAUGCGAGUUGAGAUACCGCCGUUCACCCUCUCCAAACGGAUAUUUUAUUGGACAGAAAGUAACUACCAACGAAGCAUCAGUCGCCUAAUACAGGAUCGCCUAGAGAUUACCCGAGUCGUUGUUAAUCGGUUUCCGACCCAAGAAGAGACAGAUGCGUUGGUUUCGCAAGCAUCAUUUAUGCAGAAUAUGCCCCACUAUGGUGGAAUAAUAGGGCUUGCUGUUGGGUCAAUGAUUGCAAAAUCAAAGAAUGCAACAGCAGAGGCCGCAGCUAACAAAGCUGCCAGCCAGCAGUUUACCCCAAACCGUCCACUCUUCAAGCUUAACCCUGGUGAAAUGAAGGGCAGAUUCAUAAGGGCGUCAUUUAUACUCCCAAUAUUUGCAAUUAUAGGCACUGGCAUUGGUGAAGUUAUCGGAGAAGCGUACACUAGAGCUAGUGCAGUUACGGAUCCCAGGUUUGCCCGGCUUAGAGAUGAACUCUCACAUGCAGACCGUCAGGAGAUCGAAGCUCGUCUGAAGCGGUAUCAAGCAGAAAGAUUAGCCGCAGCGCAUCGCCGGUUCGGUAAUGCGCCUCCUGCCACCCAGCCCCAACGGCCUGGAUACCAAGCUACCGAUGGCACCGACUCACCAGCCGGAUAUAGCCUGCCAGAUUCAAAGGUUUUGAAAGAAACCUACCGGUCACAAGGAGAGAGUCCAGAUUACUUAGCCUCAUAUUCCAGUGCAAACUAUUACCCGGAGGAUCGACAACAGCAGCAGGCAUACCCUUCAGCUCCAAGUAGUUCUUCUUCUAGCACAGAUGGGAAGAGUUUCUGGGAUGAUGACGCCAGCCCUGUAAAUUCAGAUUUCGCAUCCGGUUCUCCAACCUCAUCCCCCGAAUCGCCCUCUGGGAGUGCCUGGGCACGUAUUCGUCAACAGUCUAUGGGCGAUUCAUCAGCAAACAGCGGCAACUAUAACAACUCUACGUGGCAGAGGCGUUAG